AUGAAUGCGCUCACUGACCCUCGAUUCAGCAGCCUGGUAGGAGCCAUGCCAGAGACCACCUUCGUCGAGGCCUUCCUGCUUCUCUCUCCGGCUUACUUUGUUGAGCCCUAUCGAGACAUUCACCGACCGCUCCAUCCAACCGCGGAACAAAGCAUGGAUAUCAGGCCAUUGCAGGAAAUCUUCGACGAAUUCGCCAGCAAGCUCGCACGAAUCAUUCGGCUCAGGGUUUCCACAGGCCAAAUUCCAGGCCUGGCGGAGUUCACCCACUUGCUUGCUUGCGCAGCCGCCAUGGGGGAUCCUCAGAUGGCACAAAGCGCAUGGCAGGCCAUGCAAUAUCGUAAGGUGGAGCCCGAUACCCAGUGCUAUAAUCAUCUCAUGGAGGCCUUGAUCUGGGAUGGGACAUUCACGGGGCUGAGAAAAUACCGCCUGAGAGUGACCCGUUUCGCUUACAAAAUGCGAAAAAACGCGCCCCCCGAUUCCGGCUGGUCGGGAUACGGCACCGCAGCACGCAGCGUGCUCAAGUCGGUACGAGUGGUAUUCAACGAGAUGAUGGCCAAAGCCAUCCCGCCGGAUGAGACGACCUUUGUCAACAUGAUGCUUGCAUCUUGUCGCACAGGUUGGGUUCCGGGGAUCAAGGCUGUUCUGAAAGCCGCUUGGAACAUAGAUGUCGACGGACUGUUGACAGCAAGCGACCCGUCGAGCUCAUCCGAUGUCUACCACACCGACCCUGCUUCAGCCCUUCAUCCCACGGGUCGACUUCUGUUUGCGGUAGCUCACGCCUUCGGAACAAAUAACGACAUCAGAGCUGGACUUCACUUGGUAGAAUUCAUCGCAAGCCGAUACAAUGUACCAAUUCCCGAGAAGGUUUGGCUUGAAUUGUUCGAGUGGACGUUUGUCUUGUCCCGUCCCAGAUUCGGCCCCGACGCCGAGGAACAGAAGAAGGUGAAGAUCAAGCCACGUUUCGUGACUCAGCUGUUCGAUGCUAUGACUGCAGAGCCAUACAACGUGCGUCCCACGAUUGAGACGCGCCUCAAGGUCGCUAAGUUAGCGUGGGACAGUCGGAUUCUGAAAAAAUACAUGCCACAAAUGUAUGCUGCAUAUGAGAUCCUGAUGGAGACACGUCAAAGGAGAUGGGAGGCGAGAUCAGCCAUCAUGGCAUCUAUGAAGCGGCGCAGGCUACAUAAAAGUCACGCAGAUUGGCAGUCGCGAGACUUGGCCAACGCAAUACACACCUAUGAUAUCCUCAGACUGCGCACAGCCCAACAGACUGAGCUGGUGAGAAAGCUCGCAAGAAACAUGCUGAUCAACAAGCUAUGGACAGGUCGAGACAACCCUGCAUGGUUUAGGACUCUGUUCCCCCAGGCGCUAGAAGAAUGGCGCGACUUCCUCCCAGAGGAUUUCCACUUGAACACCCGUGGCGGAGUAGUUCAUUUCGUUGGGAAAAUUCGCUGGGGUAGCCGGAACCGUUACAGCGGAAGGCGUAUUCCUAUUCGACGGCCCACACCCUAUAAUGAUGUCGAGCCGGGUGACGAGGUCAAUUAUCUUGACGACGAGUUCUUCUGGGAAGCUCUCUUGCGUCUCGAGCCAAAUAUCGAGCCAACUUCUGCAUCCCUUAGGCGACUAUUCGAGCCGGUUCUAGAGAGAUAUCGUCGCACAGAAGACAAUCAACCAUGUUGA